UUGAAUGUUUUUUUGGUCCAGCCUCUCUGGGCUUUCCUUUUCCAUUACUAAUUCUUUGAUCCCGACGCGUGAAGCGUUUUGUUUUGUUUUCUGAUUAUUUUCCGCUGCUAAGAAAUCUGGCAAUUAUACCUCCAAUUUACACUCUUCCAGUUCGUUCUCGUAUCUCAUUUUCCGUCUGAGAGCUUUCUCGGCGAGCAAGAUGACGUCUGGUACCAGGCUACCAACCUGGAGGGAGAGGGAAAUCAACAAGAGGAGAGAGAGGAGGCGAAGAGCCAUAGCGGCGAAGAUCUUCUCUGGUGUGAGAAUGUAUGGCAACUACAAGCUCCCCAAGCACUGCGACAACAAUGAAGUCUUGAAGGCUCUCUGCAAUGAGGCUGGUUGGACUGUUGAACCUGACGACUCCCCUUUAGGUGUUCUAAGUAGGAGUAGGUUUGCUAUUCCUGUCUGUAAGUGGACUUCGUAUGGAACUCCCACCGAUGUGAUGAGGACCAUAUGUAUUCUGCUUAAUUUAUAUUUGAUAUAUAUGUUAUGUGUGUUUUAAUAUUUUUGCUUUCAGGUAGUUAACUUUGAUACUGAUGUUGUGGAGGUAAUAUUUUCAUCUGGAAUG